AUGCUUAACGCGCGCAUCGAACACACGUCGACGGAGCCGCACGAGGGGGACGCCACUUGUGUGGUGUAUUUCAACAACCAGCUGUUCUCUGGAGGUGCCGAUGGUAAAAUACGUAUUUGGUCGGAAUCGCUGCAACUACUGCGCACAGUGACCGCCCAUGAUGCGUACAUUUAUUGCAUGGCCGUGAAUGAGAAUGGGAAGCUGUAUUCGAGCAGCUGCGAUGGCCAGGUUAAGUACAUGCUGCCACCGUAUGGGGAGGCUUCCGUGCAGGAGUUGUUCCGCUGUGACGACGCCAUUCAGGCCAUGUAUUGUAAUCGCACUGUGCUCUAUACGGGCGAUGAUAAAGGCGUGGUUACCACUUGGAGUAACGAUCGCAUGCUCUUCAAGUACAAUUUAGUGGAGGAGGUCAAAUCCCUUGCCGGGGAACAGCAGCUCAUCUACACAGUGCGCGACCUGGACGUGGUCGUUUCAAUAAUUGUGGAAGGCAAGUCCGGCAAAUACAGCAACAAGACUGUUAUUCCAGGUAAAUCACCUUUAACACUGCUCGGUCCCAUGAUCGACGGCAAGAGGAGCUAUCUGGCAUUUCCCGAUCGCACGGGCAUGGGUCUGCAGCUGAUCAAUAAUCUACCUCAACACAAGUUCUCCCACAUUUGGCGGUUGCCGAACUGCCAUGAAAUGAUUGUGAAUAGUAUAUGCGGAACUGAGGAGUACUUGUAUUCCGGUGGCUACGACAACAAAGUGAAAGGCUGGACAGAUUUGGCGGCAAAUCAGCCACGUGCACUGGGCGAAGUGGAUGUGGGCAGUUGUGUGAAUUACAUAUGUUGUGGCGCCGAUAAUUAUGUGUAUAUUGCAAGCAGUGAUGGCUUUAUACGUUGCGCUAAAUUUAUUUAGUUUACUUUUAUUAACAAAAAAAAAGUUCAGAUUAACACA